AUGCAGCCCAAGAGCGUUCCGAUCCGCCCUCCCAUCCAAACACGCUACAAGUUACCUCUCUUCAACUGGACAGUGCUGCGACAUCAACAGCUCAAGGGCACUGUCUUCGUUGGCAUGGAUGAUGAAGCUUUGCUUAGUCGACUCGAAAUGAAUCGUUUUGAGGAGAUCUUCCGACUUUCUUCUCGAGCCAUUGACUCGGGCGAGAAUAAUAUUACAACAGGCGGACUGACUGGUGGCUCCACUAGCACUGGCGGUGCUGCUGGUAUUGGCGGGAGCAGUGCCUAUGACGGAGAUGCUACAGAGUCCGUGCGACGAGCUUCUGCUAGACGACCGGAAAAAAAGAGUCUCAUUGACACUAAUCGUCAUCGGUACGUUGUCAUUCCAGGAGCUUACAAAAUUUCGCGUUUUAUUCCAAAGCCCGGUUUCCAUUUAACAAUCUCAUAUAUGAACUGUAUUCACACUAUUUCGUGA